UGGGGACCACUGGCCAUUUUAUGAAUUUCCAUAGUUGAGCACCGAUUUUUUUCUUUAUCUUGAUCUCUCAGAGUUGUGUUUUGUUUCUUUUCGGCGUUUUUUCUUCCGUGGUGAAGCUCAAACAGGAAGCGUUUCCAAAUGUUGGUGUGACGACGGAGACACGCCCGCCGAAACCAACCUGCGCCUCCCGGAAGAGGAGUCCCAUAGCUCACCUGUUAGGCCCUCCUGUCCACACUGACGGGCGGGCGCUCUUUGGGACAAAAGGUUCUUUUAACACCUCCGAACCAAAUUUUAUUUUAAUUAGAUUUUUUUGGUUGGAAGACGACACCCUUUGGACUCACCUGUGCGGCUGCGCUCAGGAAUAAAACGGAUUUGGUUCGAAUUGACUCCGCGAUGGACUACAUGGCAAGUGGAUCCAAGUACACUCCAGACAAGGGCAAAGAAAUGGAAUCCACUGUGCAUUUCCUACCAGCUGCCGACAAUGCAAAGUAUGAGAAGAAGAAGGGACCCAACAAAAUCGGGGCUGUGAUCGGCGUUCUGGUCCUGGUUUUGGUCAUUGCUCUCAUGGUCGGACUGCUGGUCUGGCAUUUCCACUUUCGCAAGGAAUCGUGGGUAAAGAGGAUGUACAGCGGCUCCAUGCGGCUCACAGAUCAGGCGUUUGAAAACUCUUAUGAAAACUCCAGCACUCCUGAGUUCAAAGCUCUGGCAGAUCUGGUGAAAAAACAGCUCAAAAAUCUCUACUCUGCAAAUCCUCAACUGAAGAAGUACUAUGUGGGCUCCACCGUUCAGGCUUUCAGUGAAGGCAGUGUUAUUGCCUACUACCUGUCGGAGUUCAAAAUCCCAGAAGCCCAAACAGCAGCUAUUGACAACGCUAUGUCUGAAAUAGACAAAGGAAAAUCGAGAUCCUUCCCUGUCAUCAACGUGGAUGAUGUGGUGUCUUCAGCGAUCGAUCCCCGAAUGUUCACCAGACACUUCAAUAGUAGCAGGCGGGACAGUAAACAUGUCACCGGCACCGGCAGUCUACAGAUCCAGUCCCCUGGCUUCCCCAACUCCCCGUACCCCCCCAGCAGCUUCAUGCAGUGGGAGCUGAGAGGAGACGUCAAUCACGUCAUGAAGCUGAAAUUUGAAUCACUACAUUUGGAGGAGAACUGCAGCAAUGACUUCAUCAAAAUCUACGACUCGCUGGUGACCAUCGAGAGACGCCUUAUGGAGGAGUUAUGUGGAUACCAUUCACCCAGCUCUCAGCUGACAUUCGUGUCGUCCCGGAACGUCAUACUGGUGACGAUGGCUACAGAUGAAGGAAAGAACUUCCCAGGAUUUCGAGCCACGGUCUCCCAAAUUCCAAGGGGAAGUAAAGAGUUGAGCUGUGGUGGUAGUCUGUUUGGCUCUAAAGGCAGCUUCUCUUCUCCCAACUACCCAAGCUUUUAUCCUCCCAACACUCUUUGCAGAUGGACCAUCACGGUCCCUCAAGACUUGGUGGUGAAACUGAGGUUCCUAAAGUUCUACGUAGCCGAUGCUGGAGAGAAAAAUAGUAAUGACUGUCUGAAGGACUACGUGAAGAUCGAUGAUGAGAAACUGUGUGGGGAGAAUCCUGAUGGAACAUUUAGGAUUGGGACGUCCAACAUCAUGAAGGUGGAGUUUAGGUCCGACACUUCCUACGUGGACCUGGGCUUCAGUGCAGAGUUUGAAGCGGUUAAAGACGAAAAUCCUUGUCCUAAACAGUUCACGUGUAAGAACCAGAGGUGCAUAAAGACUGAGCUCAGGUGUGAUGGCAGGGACGACUGCUGGGACAACAGCGAUGAGAUGGAUUGCAAAUGCAACUCGAGCUUUAUUAAUUGCAAAAACGGGUUUUGCGUAUUGCCCUUCUGGAAAUGUGACGGCAAAGAUGACUGUGGAGACAACACAGAUGAGAUGGGCUGUGGUUGUGGAGCAGGGCAAUUUCAGUGCAACAAUAAGAAAUGUGUGUCUGAGAAAAAUCACUGCGAUGGCAAAGACAACUGUGGAGACGGCUCAGAUGAGCUCAACUGUCCAGGAGGUACCAAGACAAUUUGCACUGAGAGUUCAUUCAGAUGCAAAAGCGGAGAGUGCAUCAACAAAAUUAACCCAGAGUGCGACGGAACUCAGGAUUGCUCCGAUGGAUCUGACGAGCAGAACUGCAACUGCGGCACGUUCAUGACCCCACGUUCCCGCGUUGUGGGCGGCGUGGAUGCUGAGAGGGGAGAGUUUCCCUGGCAAGUCAGCUUGCAUAUGAAAGACGUCGGUCACGCAUGUGGAGCAUCCCUCAUUAAUGAAAAAUGGCUGGUCACUGCGGCGCACUGUGUGAAAGAUCGAUUUGACGGAAGACCCUCUAUGCCUUCAACGUGGGAAGCUUUCUUAGGCCUUAAAACCCAAAAAGAGUCAUCUAAAGAAGUUCAAAGGAGAUUCCUCAAACAGGUCAUACCACACCCUAAUUACAACUACGACACAUACGAUAACGACAUCGCCUUGAUGGAGCUGGAAAGACCUGUUGACUAUACGGACUUCAUCAAACCCAUCUGCUUGCCAGCUCCUCAGCAUAUUUUUGAAGUUGGGAAGCAAGUUUAUAUCACAGGAUGGGGGGCCUUACGAGAAGGAGCAAAUCAAGCUGCAACUAUCCUGCAGAAGGCCGAGGUUCGGAUCAUAAACCAGACGGUGUGUAACACCUUAAUGGGAGGGGAAAUCACCAACCAGAUGCUUUGUGCCGGAGUUCUUCAAGGAGGAGUUGACGCUUGUCAAGGCGACUCUGGCGGUCCUCUGUCCAGUAAAGAGGGGAAACGUAUGUUCCUGGCUGGAGUGGUCAGUUGGGGUGAGGGCUGUGCCCGCAAAAACAGACCUGGCAUUUACACCAGGGUCACCAAAUUCCUCGGCUGGAUCAAAGAAAAGACAGGAGUGUAGUCGGCAUCGAAAUGGUCCAAGGUGACCAAAAAGGGACUUGGACUGGUGACGAUGUGUACAGACAAACAUCACCCCGACUGCAGACGCAGUGGCCUUGGCUACUUGAUGUAGAAAAAGCACUGGUUCCUCCAUCUUUUACACGUUUCAGUGAUUUUUAUUUUAUUUUUGAUUUUUAUUUUUUAUUUCCAGAGCGGGGGUUUGCCAAAUCUUUUAAAUGUAAAUAAAUGUUUUUAGUUUGUUUUUGUUUUUUUGUGCGUGUGUUUGAAUGGAGAAACGUAGAUGCUGUGCAGGAAAUCAAUGUUACACGUGUGAAUGUCUAUGCAUGAACUGUUUAUUCUCACUCCAUUGUCUGUCGUUUUAUGUCAUGUUUAGAAAUAUUGACAGUGGAUAUUUGUUCUGAUUUAAUUGAGUGAAACACAAAAUUAAUUCAAACAUUAGCCUGAAUUAUUUUCAGGAUAUUGGUUAUCCUGAUUCCAUCUGAAUUUUUUUUUUUUUAUAUUCAAGACUGUAAAAUACUUCUACCCAGUUUGAUUUUCGGCUCAUCUGAUAGUUUUUAAAUAAAAGAUUCUUUCUUGAAA